CAAACCUCUGAGCAUCAGCAGCAGGCACACCAGACUGAGCCAGGUCGCUGCACGCUGAGAGGCAAAGCUGUCUUGGCUGAAGAGGGACGGCUCCGAGUCCAGGAGGAAGAGCGGGAAGGAAAAGAAGGUGCCUGAUGCUCUGCAGGUUUCAGCUCAGGCCAGGGCUUCAUGUGAGACGCAUUCAACUGAUGAGCAGAAAUCACCAGAAGAAGAAAUGAGCUUCGGUGCUGCGUGCAUUUUCUUGCGAGGAGGCAAAAACAUUUCAAGAGAGCUGGCUGAAGAUGAAAUUGACGAGCUGCGAGAUGCUUUCAACGAGUUCGACAAAGACAAGGAUGGGCUGAUCAGCUGCAAGGAUCUGGGGAACCUAAUGAGGACAAUGGGCUACAUGCCAACUGAGAUGGAGCUGAUUGAACUUAGCCAGAACAUCAACAUGAACCUUGGAGGCAGAGUCGACUUUGAGGACUUUGUAGAAUUGAUGGCCCCAAAGCUCCUGGCAGAGACCGCCGGGAUGAUCGGCAUGAAGGAGCUCAAAGACGCCUUCAAAGAGUUCGACAUGGAUGGAGACGGAGAGAUCACAACAGAUGAGUUACGCGCGGCCAUGAACAAGCUGAUGGGAGAACACAUGAGUCGCAGAGAGAUCGACGCCAUAGUGAAAGAGGCAGAUGAUAAUGGAGAUGGAACGGUAGAUUUUGAAGAGUUUGUCAGAAUGAUGUCCGGCCAGUGAGGAUCAUCGAUAACGCCAUGAAGAAUAUUUCAUCGCAUCUUUACAAGGAUUCUACACUGACUGCGUCCUUUUCCGAAGCUCUCCUACAAACCUGACUUUUCACAACUUUCAGGACAAACGAUAGAAAAAGUUACAGUUAAUUCAGCACUGAAAAUAAAACCACAUCAACCUUUUCUCACGGAGAAAACAAAAAAAAACAAAAAUGCAAUGACAUCAAUGACAAUUUAAUGAAUGUAGUAGAAUUGAACAGAUCUUCAACAGCAGAAAAUAUAUUGUUUUGUAUAUAUGCUGUAAGUUAUUUCUGAUUGGUUUGCUGAAAUAGAUUAUUUUGGAAAUAAAAGCAUUACUAAUAAAAACA